CACGUAAUCGGAACGUCGAAGAUAAUCGAAGGCUCUCAUAUUUCUGUCUUUCGCGCUGAAAUUCAUUGAUCAUGAGUAGCGUACGUUGUUGCUUGAUUAGCGCGGGUCGUUUAGUAUCCUCUAACCAUGUCAACAAUCAUGUACAUAAAAUUGUGAGAAUUGUUGUGGCCAGUAGAACUUUGACAAUUAGUGGCAGCUUAGCAAAAGCUCCAACUGAACCUACGCCACCUUCCAAAGACACUACCACAUCCAGCGGAUCUACUAGUAACGGCACUGGUGGUGGAAAGAAGAACACACUCACCUGUCCAAAAUGUGGAGAUCCUUGCACUCAUGUCGAGACAUUUGUAUCAUCUACAAGAUUUGUCAAGUGCGAGAAGUGCCAUCAUUUCUUUGUUGUACUGUCAGAGAUUGAUUCAAAAAGGAGUUUGAAAGAAGCGCUGAGACCAGAAGAUGGUAAGCAAGGAUUCUACAGGAAACCACCUCCACCUCCAAAAAAGAUAUUCGAAUAUCUGAAUGGACAUGUUGUGGGUCAAGAGUAUGCCAAAAAAGUGCUAAGUGUCGCCGUUUACAAUCAUUACAAGAGAAUUUACAACAAUCUGCCAGUACAAAACUCGCAGACGCAAACCAACAUUAACCCGAUCAGCACGCAGGAAACGAAUCAUCCCUUCACUCACAGAGGUCCUAAGCCACAUUUAUUGCAUAUAUCGGGUAUCGGAAAUCCAUUUCCGGGUGUCGGAUUUCAACACACAAUCAAUCCGGGAAGCGAGCAGAAGACGAGCAAUCAAUCUGCACCUGGAUCGGCUAUAUUAGAUAGCAAGCAGCAUCAGCUGAAAUUGGAAAAGAGCAAUAUAUUGUUGCUUGGUCCUACAGGAUCUGGUAAAACGUUACUUGCGCAGACAAUAGCGCAAUGUCUGGACGUUCCAUUCGCCAUCUGCGAUUGUACCACUCUUACACAAGCGGGCUACGUUGGCGAGGACAUUGAGAGCGUUAUAGCUAAGCUUCUUCAGGACGCCAAUUACGUAGUAGAUCGUGCUCAAAUGGGCAUCGUCUUCUUGGAUGAGGUCGACAAGAUCGGAGCUAUACCUGGAAUCCACCAAUUGCGAGACGUGGGCGGCGAAGGUGUGCAGCAGGGAAUGCUGAAAAUGUUGGAGGGAACGAUCGUGAAUGUACCAGAGAGGAAUAGCUCGAGAAAGCUGCGUGGAGAGAUGUUGCAAGUGGACACGACGAAUAUUCUUUUCGUUGCGUCGGGCGCUUACAGCGGCUUGGAUAGGCUGAUCGCGCGACGCAAAUCAGAAAAAUAUCUCGGAUUUGGCGCGACGCCCGCGGCCGAGAGCCCGGGCAGAAGAGCAGCGACUUUGGCUGAUGUCGCAAAUAUGUCACCUUCUACCGAGAAGGACAAUAAGGAGAAGGACACGUUAUUGCAACAGGUUGAGGCCAGAGAUCUCAUCGAUUUCGGCAUGAUACCCGAGUUCGUCGGCAGAUUUCCCGUACUCGUGCCUUUUCACACUCUUGACAGGGACAUGCUAGCGAGAAUUCUUACCGAACCGAAGAAUGCUAUCGUUCCUCAGUAUCAGAUGUUGUUCUCAAUGGAUAAGGUGGAGUUAACAUUUGACAUGGACGCAUUGAAUGCAAUCGCUUCUCUGGCAAUGGAAAGAAAAACGGGUGCGCGAGGUUUACGAGCGAUAAUGGAGUCUUUACUUUUGGAACCUAUGUUUGAAGUACCAGGAAGUGAUAUAGUGUCCUGUCAUAUCACAGAACAGUGCGUAAAAGGUUCUGAAAAGCCGCAGUACACGAGACGAGACGAUAGUAAUGAGGAUGAUGUUCAGCAAGCGCAGCAUGAAAGAUCGAAAAACCACACAUACUAGCAUUCCACAUCCAAUCAAGCUUUGCAUCAUGUAUGCAUUUAUUGGUGAUAACAUUGAAAACAAAACGGCAGCAUAACAUUCAUUUGCCAUAAAUCUAACAAUAGAAUAUAUAUAUCAUAAAAAAUAAUACUAAUAUAUAUAUAUAUUUGCGAAAUAAUGUCAUCAAAAUCGAUUUGACAACUUAAAUGUCAUACAUCAGGUGCAGUGAAAUAAUUUCUGAUCAUAAUUAAAAUGAACUGAUUAAUAAGACAUAAAAAUAUGAAAUAAAGAAUUACUAUCAAUUGAAUAUAAUUGAAAUUAUUGUAAAAAACCAUACAAUAAAGAGUUUCAAUGCAACCACUCAAACUAAAUUUUCAUAUAUUGCCAGGAUUGUUUGUAAAGAGGGUAUUAAUGUUGUGUUGUUAAAAAAAAUUUUUUUAAAUCUUAUAACUCGGUUAAUAAUAAUAAAUUAAGAAAUAAACAUUUGUUUGCUGAUGAUGGAAGAAUAUUAAUCGCGAGAAAAGACGAGAAAAAAAAGAACAAAAUAAUAAAAUACAUUAUUUUAUGUCGAAAUGUAAUAUAAACAAAAGUGUCUAUGUAAUAUAUUGUAUAUAUUAUUAUAGAUUAGCAAAAAAGAAAUUGUGAAUACUGUAUGACUUGUAUGUAAUUACUAAUCUAUUUAUAGAUCGUCAUACGUGAUAUACAUCUCCUCGCUAUUAUAAUUUACUUACUGUUUUAAUUGUACAAAAAGAAGAAAGAAAAGAAAGAAAACGAAGAAAAAUAGACUGUAUAAAAUAUAAUAUGGAGUGACAAGAA